AUGGGCCUACGGGUCUUUCCCAUUUUCUACAAUGUAGAUCCUUCUGAUGUUAGAAAACAGACCGGGAAAUUUGGAGAAGCAUUUGGGAAAGUUAAAGAAAAAUUUAAGCACAACUUAGACGUUGUGGAGAAGUGGAGCAUUGCUUUGACGGAAGCAGGCAAUCUAUCUGGAUUUCCCAGCAUCGACAGGCCUGAAUCCCAAUUAUGUGAAGAAGUCGCUGACAAAAUUCUGAAGAAAUUGUAUCUCAGAUCGUAUGUUGAAUCUAAGGGCUUAGUUGGGAUUGAUUCACUUGUUGAAAAACUAAUUGAGGCAAAAGAUGUUCGGAUAAUAGGAAUUUGGGGAAUGGGUGGUAUUGGAAAGACCACCAUAGCUGAAGUUCUAGUUAGUCGAAUAUCUAAUCAAUUUGAUCAUAUUUGCUUUCUUCGCAAUGUCAGGGAAAAAUCAGAAAAAAAUGGGCUAGAUGAUUUAAGAAAACUCUUUUUUUCCAAACUCUUAGGGAUUGAAAUUAGAGAUAUAGAAAUGGUUAUAGAAAUGGUAAGUGUGGUACCCACUUUUAUUAAGGAUUCACUUAAGAGAAAGAAAGUUCUUGUUGUUCUUGAUGAUGUUAAUGAGCCAGAACAACUAGAAGCUUUAGCUGUAAAUGAUGAUGAUUGUUUUGGGUCGGAAAGUAAAAUCAUUUUAAUAAGCAGAGACAAACAAGUCCUAAAAUUGUAUGUUCUUUUGUAAGAAACCAAGAAAGAAUCAAGAAAUUAGAGAGGAAUAUAGGUCCUUUUGUAAGACUCUACAAAGGAAACAAAAGAUUAGAGCAGAAAUGUAAGUCUUUUUGUAAGACUAGAAUAUAGGUUCUUUUAUAAAACUUUAAGAAGAAAUAAAAAAAUCAUAUUUACUUUCAUGUAAAA